AUGCAACCACACCCACAGCCACUCGGCCACCUCUCCAUAGGUGUUUGCAGCUACAGCAUCUCCAAGGGCUUCUACAGCGCCAUCCUCGAGCCGCUCGGCCUGCGGCUGGUGUACGACAGCGAGAGCACCGGGACCGGGACCGUGCCCGGGAAACCCAGGACUCUCGGCUACGGCCCCGACGAGGAGCACGAGCUCCUCAACAUCUUCGAGUACGGCGACGUCGAGGCGCGAGCGCCGGGGCGAGGGUGCCACAUCGCCUUCAAUGCGGCGAGCCGGCGGGCCGUUGCCGACUUCCACGCAGCAGCCCUCGCGCACGGCGGGAGAUGCGAUGGCGCGCCUGGGCUGCGGAGACACUACGGCGAAAACUACUUCGCCGCCUUUGUCGUCUGCCCGGAUGGGUGGAGGCUGGAGGCCGUGUGCAAGAAUCCGGACGAAGAUUGA